AUGGGCUUCUAUUUUGGUAGGGCUUCUAAAUGUCUCCCCCCACCCCCCCAAUUUGGUGGCCCUCUAUUUGGGCCGCCAACAGUGGGCCCCACUAUUUUUUUCUUUCUUUCCUCCGUCCCCGACCUGUGCUGCACCUCCUUCCCCGACCUCGCGGCGCCCGAUCCCGCCGCCGCCGCCACCACCGCCACGCCACCGACUGCUCUAGCUGCCGCCGCCGGCCUGCCCGCCACCGCUCCGCCUCCUCCCCGGAUCCGCCGCUGGCGCCUGCUUCUUGCCGGCCGCGGGCGCGGAGAGGUGGCUGUGGUGCGCGUCCUCCCCUCCGCCUUUGCGCCGCCAGAGACCCACCUCCACCACAUAAUCCCGACGCCCUCGAGCACCUUGUUGGAAGAAGCCGCCUCCUUCGGCACGCCGGCUGCUCCAGCGCCCGCGGCCAUGGAGGCGCCAGAGGCAGUAGUAGCAGCAGCAGCAACCCCGGCGGCCCCUGAUCUGGCGCACGCGGGCAUGGCGUUCGAGGACAAGCCGGCGGUGCGAGCAAGCAGGCUGGCGCGCGCACCGAGGCUGAGCAGGUCGGAGAAGAUGGAAUGGAAGGUGGAAGGGGAGGGGGCGCUGCCCCAGCGAGCAAGGGGAGAGGGGGAGGGUGGCGGGAAUGGGUGGUAG